AUGCGAAAACAGUCAUCUGUUGAGAAAUUAUGUACAAACGAUUUCAAGAAUGAUUCUUUCAAUUGGCUCUUAUACGCGCGGUAUGUUCGCGGUGAGAAUACUCUGUGCCUGGAGCUGGCAGACCGUCUGCAGCGGGAUGCAGAUAACAAACACAGAUAUGCACAUUAUAUUAAGGGUGCGAUGUUAGCAGACGCUGGAAGGUACCAGGAGGCGGUUGAAAAGUAUCACAGCUGUAUUAGACUGCAGCCCCAAGACCCAGAUCCUUUAAAACAGGUCGCGAAAUGUUUGUAUAAACAAGGUAGAACACAGUUGGCGCUCGAAGCUUACUUGGAGGCUGAAAAAAUAUCGAAACAUCCGGAUCCGGAUAUUUACUGCGGAUUGGCGUCAUGUGCGGCGUGUAUCAGCGACCCUCGCGACGUGUCGUGGGCCCGCUCGGCCCUCACCGCAGGCGGAGGGGAGCGAGCCGCCUCUCUGUUGGCUGCGAGACUGUUGGCUCGAGGAGACAUGAAGGACGCGCUGGCAGUGUAUGAACAUGCUGUCACUGAGUACUCAUGCGGAGCGGACACGUUGUCAGCGGCGGGAGCGUUGUGUCUGCGGGCGGGACUUCCUCGGCGGGCGUUCCAGUUAUUAGGCGAGGCGCUGUCUCAGCAGCCGACGCAGCACGCCGCGGCGAUGGCCCUAGCUGCCAUGCUGCUGCAGCAUCGUGACGAGGACGCUGCCCUCGCCAGGCUCAAAGCCGCCCUCACCGCGCACCCCGCCUGUGUCGCCGCGCACUCAAACCUCGGCCUUGCUCUGUUCUCCAAGAAGAAGUUCAUAGCGGUGGAUAAAUAA